AUGUCUGGCUGUGUAGUUUGCAACAACCCGCUUGAGGUGGAAGUCGAGCGCGACGAGGAGGAAGAAUACGAAGGCGGCGCAUCGUCAUCAGGCAAAGCGCCUGCAGCAGCACCAGAAACAUAUCCAGAUGACGUGCAGUUGGUUUGCGGGUGCCAUUUCCACUGGGACUGCCUACUCUCCGCCUACGAAAUAACUUCAUGUCCCAACUGCUCCAAAGAAAUAUCCACCACCGAAGGCGACACGCAAAAGGUGCUCUGCAGGCUCAACAAUGAAGGCGGACUCCAGGAGAACCUCGACAUCCUGCCCCUCCUGAUCGAGGAAUCCUACCUAAAAGCCUACCCGGAAGAUCGCAAGGCGCGCGCAUUUCUCGAGUUCUGUCGCGCGGGCGACUACAAAGCCAUUAUCGAGCUGCUGCUGGACGACAGCUCGGACGACGACGAAGACGACGAGGGUGAUGUAGAAAUGAGCACUACAGAUGAACCUGGCAAGGAAACGGGUAUCGAUAGAGUGUUGAGGUACCAGGACCCCAUUGGCGAUAUGCAGUCAGGUCUCCACGCGGCAGUCCAUGCGCAAAGCAGAGAAGUGGCUUGGUUGUUGCUGCUGCUGGCUAGCAACUAUCCUCUCCUGGAAUUUCCGCCCGAGGUGUUCCAGGAAGCCGAGGCGAUGGGCAUCAUGCGAGGCUUGACGGAGGACAAGGUCGACAUCAGGAGCCUCAAAGAUGUACAUGGCCGGACUGCCGAAGACAUUGCGAAGGAGGUCGAUGGAGUGUGGCAUGGAUGGGUUGGAAACAACAGGCUGGCCAUAUGAUUCAUGGCGCAUAAAGUCAUGCCAGACCAACCACCGCGAUCCCCACGGCCAUGCUAAAGAAUGGACUGAAUGAGUUGAAUGAGUAUACUAGGAUUUGGAGGCGAGAGAUUAUGUAUCUAUAUACGGCUGUGGAUUGCAUGCAUGACAUGCAGGUACUCAUGAGCGAGGCAAAUGCCGAUUUCGGUGUCUACCGUUCGGCCAUGUUCCAUGUCUUUGAACCAGCAUCACCUGCUAGACGCGCAUCAUAAGAAGCCACCACCACAUGCGAAUACAUGUACUUGUAGUCAC